AUGGCCAGUCCUUCCAAAAAGAGGAAGAACUUCUCCAACACUCAGCCAACCAGAACACUUCACCACUUCUUCAACAAACAAACAGCUACUAAAAAGGAAGCUCUAGACUCAGUUCUGACACCAGACCCCCAACUAGGCCCAGUGGCACUUACAGAUGAGCAAUACGCAAAGAGGCUGGCGGAGGAAUGGAAGCAGGAGGAUAAAGCUAUCAGAAAUGCGACACCGUCAACACACAGGGAGAGUAGUAGGGCAGGAGCGAAGAGGGGUAGGAGCAGCUCUCCGAGCACAAAAUGCGCAGCCUCGAGUCCCCACGCACACAGCGGAGAAGAGGGAUGGAAAGACAAUCUAGCGGCGGCAACUCUUCGGGCGUCACGAGCAGUCACCCCUGUCCAAAAACCAAAUACCCCCAGAAUCCUGCAAGAACCGAAGAGAAUCGCGGCAUCGGCAGAGGGUGCUCUGGAGAUAGAAAGAGCUAUCGAUUCGAUGCCACUCGGUGAAGACCCACUUAACCCAGAAAUGGCCAGGCGGGAAUGCCACUUAUGCGCUCCUUACUCACGCAUUCGUCCUGGUAAAUUCAACAAGGUCAAGGAUAAGGAUAAGGAUACCCUGGUGAAUUUUCUAAGAAUUUUGAUACGGCUUGAUCCAGACUCUCUACUUCCGGCCGUUUGGCUAACGACAAACGAUAUCGGUCCUUCGUAUGAGACGAAUGAGUUCGGGAUUGAUGGGUCGAUAAUAUCAAAAGCGAUUAUGAAGGCCAGCGGGAUAACCCCGGCAACCCUUAAAAAGCUAAAUAAUAAACAUGGUGAUCCUGGGGAUGUCGCUUUUGAGGCGAAGGUUAAACAGAGGACCUUGAUGAUGAAAAAGCCAACCCCACUAACUAUUGAAAAUGUAUACGCAACACUAGUUAAGAUCUCCCGAGCAUCGGGGAAAGGCUCUCAAGAGAUCAAGCAGCGCCACAUAGAACGCUUACUUGUCGACGCCAAAGGCGAGGAAAUCCGAUACCUCACUAGGACUCUAAUACGCCAUCUCCGAAUCGGUGCCGUAAAGACUACAAUGCUAAUAGCACUCUCUCGUGCCUUUUCUUUAUCUGCUCCUAAGGGGGCUAACUGGAAUACUCCGGAAAUUCCUGGCAGCAAAGAGGGAAGACAAGAGUUAUUUACCAAAGCAGAGGAAUUCCUUAAGCAAUGCCAUGCCCGGAGGCCGAAUUACAAUGACAUUGUACCAGGUCUACUCAGAGGUGGGAUAUCUUCCUUGGAGGAAAAUUGUGGAACGAGCAUUCACAGCCCUCUGAAACCAAUGCUGGGUAGCAUCACUCGAGACCUGGGGGAAAUGCUCUUGAAGUUAAAAGGUUGUGAAUUUACUUGCGAGUAUAAGUAUGAUGGGCAAAGGGCUCAGAUACAUUGUGAUGAUAAUGGAAAGGUUUCCGUAUUCAGUAGGCACUUGGAAUUGAUGACGGGCAAGUAUCCAGAUCUAGUGCAGCUAGUGCCCAAUAUUCGUGGCGAGGGUGUAGAGUCUUUCAUCAUGGAGGGAGAGGUUGUAGCAAUGGAUACUGAGACAGGGCUCGUAAAGAACUUCCAAACAUUAGCUGGUAGAGAAAGAAAAAAUGUGGAUGUGGGAAGAAUUAGUGUUGAUGUCUGUCUAUUUGCGUUUGAUCUCAUGUAUUUGAACGGUCAAGAAUUACUCUCUCGGCCAUUCCGCGAACGCAGAGAACUCCUGCAGAGCAUACGUGGAUACCAUCCAGGACUCCUUCCAUUCAUCGUUAGACCUAAAAUCUUCACCCCUCCAGCUUCCGGGCCACCCGAAGGGGCACAGGAACUAGAAUCCAAACAAAUUCGCUCCAGAAAGGGCAAAGAAGCAGCCCCUGUCAAGAGGAGCUCCCGAGUAAAACCUUUAUUAGCGACGUACGAGCCAGACAAACGUCUUGAGUCCUGGCCAAAAGUCAAAAAAGACUACACUGCUGCAACCGACACCCUCGAUCUAGUUCCGAUAGCGGCCUGGUACGGCAAUGGCCGAAAAGCCGCCUGGUGGUCGCCGAUCCUCCUCGCGCUCCACGACCCAGAAACCGGUUCCUUCGAAGCGGUCUGCAAAUGCAUGUCCGGGUUCACGGACAAGUAUUACAUUGAAAUGAAAGACACACUCGCACCGGACGGGAUAAAUACAUCCAUGACUAAGAGAGCAUACUAUGAGGUCGCCGAUAGCUUGACACCAGCGAUUUGGUUUGAGCCUAGGGAAGUGUGGGAAGUGGCAUUUGCAGAUAUCACAGUUAGCCCGACGUAUACUGCCGCAGGGCAAUUUAUGGAAGGGCGGGGGAAGGGGCUGAGUCUGAGGUUCCCGAGAUUUGUGAGGAGGAGGGAGGAUAAGGGGGUUGAGGAAGCUAGCACGCCGGAGUUUUUGGCUGGUUUGUUUUUUAAGCAGGAAAGGGACAGUGAGAGAAUUAGUAAGGCGGCAGUAGGUGGAGAGAAGAAAACUGAAGGGAUGGAACAGGAUGCUGAGGUUGAUGGCCAAGAGUUCUUCAAAAACAUGAGAGGUGAAGGCGCUGGGAGUGAUGUCAACUUGUGA